AUGACCGAUCUGAGUGAAGAGAUCAAGGACUUGGAGCGCAGCGCGGCGUACAACAUCCUGGAGGAGCUCUACCGGAAUGGGUCCCUCAGCAAGGCUGAGAUGGACUUGUACAAGAGCAAGUACGCCAAGCUCCAUGAGAUGGUCAUCCAGACGUUCGAGAACGAGCAGAACUUUGUGACCCGCGCCAAGCAGCUGAACCAGCGCUUGAUGCAGGAGAAGAUCAAGCUGGAAAAGACGACUUUGGAGUCCCAGGAGGAUCAGAACUGCAUCGAGCAGCUUUUGCAUCAGAAGUUCGAGAUCGAGCAAGAGUACCAGGUGGCCCAAGACCGGGAGAUGAUGCUGCAGAUUCAGCUGUCUGAGCUAGAUCACGACAGAGCUGAGAAGCAGGAGCAGCUCCGGGAGCGCGAGAUCGAGCGCCAGGCGGAGGCCGAGCCCAAGCUGAGAAAGGCCAGGGACGAGAUCGAGCUCCUGAACAAGGAGUCCGACGUGCUGAAGGCGAGGAAGGAGACGUAUCAGGAGAAGCUCGAGGAGUACAACGCCCGCAUCAAGGAGGUGGAGCAAGAGAUGGAGAACAACCGGGACAUCUGCAAGGUCUAUGAAUCUGAGCACACUAAGAUCAAAGAGGACCCCGACCGGAUCAGGAAGCAGGCGGAGAAGUUCGAGAACGCGGUGCGGGCCCUCCAGGAGGCUCAGAAGGAGAAGGUGGCAGCCAUCGAGGGCGCCAAUGAGCAAGCGCGGGAAAUCAACCGGGAGGCUAAGGAGCUCGACGAGUCGAGGGGCAAGAAGCAGAUGCGUCUCCAGCUGAUGACGGAGAGCUCCAAGAUCACGGACCAGUCCUGCGAGGAGACCAAGAAGCGGCUUCAAAAGGAGAGCGACACCUACAAGGACAUGCAACUGAAGCGGGCGUCCUUGGACCAAGAGCUGGACGAGUUCAACGCGCACAACAGACAUGCCCAGCAGGAGGUGACCUCGCACCAAAAGCAGUUUGAGCGACUGAAGCGGAGGUACCGGCAGACGCUGUCACACAAAGACAGCGUCACGGAGACCCUGCCUCCGCUGGAGGUGAACAAGAAGGAGCUUGAAAAGACCACCAAGCUCCAAGAAGAGGACAUAAAGAGGCAGCGCAAGCUGCUGGAAGACAUCCAGGCGGAGGUGGAUCUCUUCAUCGGAGCCUUCCUGAAGCAAGAGUCUCUCGAGAAGGACAAGAAGGAGGAGUUCGAAGCGAUCUGCCAACAGAUGGAGGAGAUGCAGAAGGAGCUCAAAAACUUGAAGGCGGAGGAGCAGCACUGGGCCGCCCACUUCAAGACGCUGGCCUCCCAUCGGGAGAAACUGGCCAGGGAUGCCUCGCAGGCUCAUCGGCUCUACCGGGAGACUGCUGACGAGGUCGCCAUGAAAGAGCUAGAGGAGCAAGAUCUCAAGAAGAAGCACCAGGAGAUCAGCCAAAAGCAGAAGGAGUUCUGCACCAUGUACGAGGUUGUGAAGAACGAGCGCAACAAGUACAUGACCCACAUCCAGAAGUCGGAUCAGCACCUAUCCGAGAUGAAGGAGAAGUUCAAGAUCUUGUCCAACGAGGUGGAAAUCCUCCGCAUGGAGAGCGCCUUCAAGGACAAGCAGCUGGCGAAGAUUAAGCAAGAGGCGCUGAAGCUGGAGGCUGCCCAUGACCAGUUGCAGAACGACAAGACUCGUAUCAGCGCCCAAGGCACUGGGCUCAACGAGCAGGUGGAGCAGUUUGUCAUUGAAAUUGACAAGCUCAACUCCAUCAUCACCGCCAUCGAGAAAGAAAUGGUGGAGCUGAGACUGAAAUACGAGCAGGCGGUUGAGACCCGGAACUUCACCGGGACUCAGCUCAUCGACAGGAACGAUGAGCUGUGCAUCCUUUGGGAGAAGGCGAACAUUCAGGAGAAGCUUCUGAAGAAGGGCGAGGACGCCAUGCAGCGGAAAGAGGAGGAGAUCCGGAGCCUCAAGAUCGACCUCGCGGAGGUUCAUCGGCAGCUGUCGGUGGUGCGAGGCAAGAUCCCGGAGGUGCCAAAGCUAGCGGAGGAGGUGGUAAGGCUUCGCGAGCAGGUCAACAACGUGCGCAAGCACUCCGACGACCUCUCGCGGGAGCUCGAGAACCCCAAGAGCUCCCUCCGGAAGUGGCGGCAGCUGGGAGGGGAGGACUUGGACCAGGAAACCCUCCGGGUCAAGAUCCAGGAUCUGCAGGAGCGGCUGAAUGACAAGAAGGAGUCACUGCUGGAGAAGGAGCUCAUCCUCGAGGAGGACGGAUGUACUCGUUGUUGA